AGCGGCAACACAGAUCCUCCUACAAGCAUCCAAGACGCGGCGGGCGCCAUUUCAGGGAGCAGUCGCCUUUGCUAAAGCGGAGUCUGUGUGUUCUUGUUGCGAAGCUUCCUUGGCUUUGCUCGUACUAAUUUUUCGAGGUCAUUCUUAGUCUAGCUUUUUGCCUGCUGCUGUUGCUGAGGUAAUUUUUUUGUUUAAGGGCCAGCGCCCCUCCUCACGCGUAUCCAGACCCAGGGAGACAAACGACGGCCGUGGCAGUAUCCCUCCGCCUCAUAAACACCUGGGCCAGAAGCGAGAGGCCGGCAGCGCAGGUGUCCUGAAAAAUGGCUGAUGAUAUUGAUAUUGAAGCAAUGCUUGAAGCCCCCUUUAAGAAGGAUGAGAACAAAUUGAGCAGUGCCAAUGGACAUGAAGAGCGAAGUAAGAAGAGGAAAAAAAGCAAGAGCAGAAGUCGUAGUCAUGAUAGGAAGAGAAGCCGAAGCAAGGACCGCAAACGAAGCCGUGAACGUGAAAGAAAGAAAAGCAAGAGUCGAGAAAGAAAGCGUAGUAAAAGUAAAGAACGGAGACGCAGCCGUUCAAGAAGCAGAGAACGUCGAUUCAGAGGCCGUUACAGAAGUCCCUAUUCUGGACCCAAGUUCAAUAGUGCCAUGAGAGGAAAAAUUGGCUUGCCACACAGCAUGAAAAUAAGCAGACGUCGAUCUAGGAGCAAAAGUCCUUUCAGAAAAGACAAGAGUCCUGUAAGAGAGCCUAUUGAUAAUCUUACUCCAGAGGAACGGGAUGCUCGAACAGUAUUCUGUAUGCAGCUUGCUGCAAGAAUUAGGCCAAGAGACCUGGAAGAAUUUUUCUCUACUGUAGGAAAGGUCCGUGAUGUACGCAUGAUAUCAGAUAGAAAUUCAAGGCGUUCAAAAGGAAUUGCUUAUGUAGAAUUUGUUGAUGUCAGCUCAGUUCCUUUAGCCAUUGGAUUAACUGGACAGCGAGUUUUGGGAGUGCCAAUUAUUGUACAAGCAUCUCAGGCAGAGAAAAACAGAGCAGCAGCAAUGGCUAAUAAUUUACAAAAGGGAAGUGCAGGCCCCAUGAGACUCUAUGUAGGCUCAUUACAUUUCAAUAUAACUGAAGAUAUGCUUCGUGGAAUCUUUGAACCGUUUGGCCGGAUUGAAAGCAUUCAACUAAUGAUGGACAGUGAAACUGGGAGGUCCAAAGGAUAUGGAUUUAUUACUUUUUCAGAUUCAGAAUGCGCUAAAAAGGCCUUGGAACAAUUAAAUGGAUUUGAACUGGCAGGUAGGCCAAUGAAAGUAGGACAUGUGACUGAACGUACAGAUGCAUCCAGUGCCAGUUCAUUUUUGGACAGUGAUGAAUUGGAAAGGACUGGAAUUGAUUUGGGAACAACUGGUCGUCUUCAGUUGAUGGCAAGGCUUGCUGAGGGUACUGGUUUACAGAUUCCUCCAGCUGCCCAGCAAGCACUGCAAAUGAGUGGAUCAUUAGCAUUUAGUGCUGUAGCAGAUUUACAGACAAGACUGUCUCAGCAAAGUGAAGUCUUAGCUGCAGCUGCUUCUGUACAACCACUUGCAACACAAUGCUUUCAGCUGUCCAAUAUGUUUAAUCCCCAAACUGAAGAAGAAGCUGGCUGGGAUACAGAAAUUAAAGAUGAUGUGAUUGAAGAAUGUAACAAGCAUGGAGGUGUUGUCCACAUUUAUGUAGACAAAAAUUCAACUCAGGGCAACGUAUAUGUCAAAUGCCCUUCAAUAGCUGCAGCAAUUGCAGCUGUCAAUGCAUUACAUGGAAGAUGGUUUGCAGGUAAAAUGAUCACAGCAGCAUAUGUUCCUCUUCCGACGUACCAUAAUCUUUUCCCAGAUUCUAUGACCGCAACCCAGCUCUUGGUUCCAACUCGGCGAUGAAGAAGGAUUGAGUCAGUUUUGUACAUAGCUAUUUUUGAACGAAGACUUGAGUUACCUUUAUUUAGAUGAAAACAAAAGGAAAAAGAUGUAAAGUCCUUUUGUGUACAUUUCCUGUUACCUUUAAAGAAAUAUAUAUAAUAAGCAGGAAUGCUGUGAUUAUUCUCAUGAUUAGCAUUCCCACUGUAAACAAAGCUGACUACUUGUUCUGCCUUGUAAUUCUUGUACAUUUAGACUUUUGGCUAAAGUAUGGUGUAGGAACAGACAUAGGUUAUAGAAAAGUUUUUUUCUGUAAAAGAUGGAGAGGACAUUUUUAAUGUUUUGCGAGCCUUCCUUUUAAUGCAGAAAUUGCAUUUUACAUUUAUUAAAAUGAAUAUGCUCUGCUAAAGGUUAAAAUCAGAUUUAACUGGACAUAUUUGGUGUGUUUUGUAUGGAUUGAAAUUUGAAGAGGCUACUGAAUGAUUUUCAGUCAUCUGAUCUGCCCAAGUAAUGUUGAACAGCUGGAAAGAUUGAGAGGAUUAGAAGAUUUUAUUUCUAGAUGGUAACUUUUGAUUGUCUCUGUAAAAGUUUCUUGUAAAUAAGGUGUAAGGUGUGUUUAGAAUUCCAAACAAAGCUAUCUCUGCAUUUCCAGAUUAAAGUUCCAAUGAUUGCAGGGAAUGUACUUAAUUAAAAGUUGAAGUAGGAAAUGCAGGAAUAUAUUUUGUCUGGUUGCAUAUAAUCUCUGCUCUUUUUUAAGCUCUGUGAGCUCUGAAAUAUAUUUUUGGGUUACUUCAGUGUGUUUGACAAAACAGCUUAAUAUUUCUAUCAACAAACAACUUUCAUAUUGCAACAAUCUUUGUAAGAACCACUCAAAUAAAAUUCUCUCAAAGGCC